CAAACAGCGAAGGCCAAAAACAGAUCAUCCACUCGUUUUUGGUGCCUCGUUCCAGCUGACCAGAACAAAGAAUACCUCAAGAAAUAGUCCUCCUUCUUUGCAGCUACAGUGGACUGAGAUAUAAAAAUGUCCGACACUUCAUUGGACAAUUCCCUCAAGCUAACGGAAAGGAACAUACAUAUCCUAGUGGUUGCUUUAGUGUUGGCACUAUUUGUCGGUGUCCUUUUCAUUGUUCUUCUAAUAGUUUGCAUUAGAUACAAGAAGAGAACGGAAUCAGUUGAUGAAGUCCUUUCAACUGAAGAGAAGACCAUCGCUAACGAAGCUCCUUAUUGUGUCGAGUCAGCAGAAAAGACGACAGUAACAAGUCCCUCCUAUCAUGUGGAGAGACACGCCCCUUUGGUUACGAUAUCCCAUGAUAUUGUUGGCAUGGAAACCAAUCAACAUUAUCAUUGUCUUCGGAUGGAAGAUGGUGGAGUUGACUCACCAGAAAGCGUAACUUCAAUUCCUUCUCCUCGUGUUAGUGAUGAAUAUGAUUAUGGUAAUGGUGGAACUAGCAGCCAACAAACGGGGAGGGAGGAGCUUCUGAAGCCACACCUACCUCUCAAGGGAACCUGUUAUUCUCUUGAAGUUCCCUCUCUCUUCAAUAACGGAGCUCAAAUUCUACGGACAUAUUCAGAGGCCCAUAUUGAUUAUGAAAAGGAUUCCAACUAUAGUCCGCCAUUAUACACCAGGUCCAAUAGUACCAGCUCUAGUUUAAACUUGACCAUUAUUGAGAUUGAACCGUCCAACAUUGUCACUGAUGGUACUCUUGGAAUGGGCCAAUUUGGACAAGUGCAUUUAGCCCACACAAGGGGUCUCAGUGCCGCUGAUAUUGGCAUUGGGACUGAUUCUGAUAGAACCAGGUCUCAUGAAGUUGCCGUGAAGUUCCUCAACCAAAAUGCAACCGAAAAAGAUUUAAAAUGUUUCCAAAAAGAAGUAAAGUACAUGUCGAGACUGAGACACAGGAACGUAGUCCAGAUCCUGGCAGUUUGCUGGAGAGAAGAGAAGUUCAUAAUGUUAGAGUUCAUGAAGAAUGGUGACCUACAGACCUUCCUUCAGUGUUACAAGUCCGUUAAUAUGGGACAGGAAACUUACAAUAAAACCCUUUCUUAUUACAAGCUAGUCGACAUGUCCCUCCAGAUUGCUGACGCCAUGAGGUACCUUUCUUCCUGCAAGUUCAUUCACCGAGACUUGGCUGCUAGAAAUUGUCUUGUUGGUGAUAAUUUUCUCGUGAAAGUUGCUGAUUUUGGACUCAGCAAGAACUUAUACGACUCGUGCUAUUACAGGUUAACCGGGGCGGCCAUUUUACCGAUUCGCUGGAUGGCUCCGGAAUGCUUUUACGGUCGUUUCUCUGAGAAAUCGGAUGUGUGGGGAUUUGGAGUGACUCUCUGGGAAAUGUUCAAUUUAUGUUUGGAGCGACCAUACACUAACAUGAAAGAUAAGCAGAUCAUUGAAGGAGCUUUAAAUGGGAGUCUAAAGGUUUUAGAUAAACCAGAGUGUUGCCAAACCGACUUGUACCACAUCAUGACGUCCUGUUGGAGACCCAGAGCUGUCGAUAGACCAAGUUUUGAAGAACUACACAAAAGACUCUCAACACUGUAUCAUUAACUGAAAAUGCAUACAUUAUUUUUAUUAUUUUUAUUUUAUUAUUUUUUUAUUAUUUUUUUGAAUUCACCAUUUCACCCUUAAAUGCAUCAUUUGUAUAAAAAGUUUUCAAUAGUUUUUUAAUAAAAUUAGUUGAGAAAUUAUGUA